UUUUCCUUUUUCAUUCGCGUUUUUAAUAGAAUUAUGUUUUAGAAUUGAUGUCAUCGGGACAAACUUUUAAAGAGGUGUUUGCGUUUCAUCUGUAUUCGUUUUUGCUAUCAGACAAGUUUCGUCGUAGGUAGACCAUUAAUUAGUAGAAAAUUUAAUGACCAGUUUGGGUCGCCCAUCAUAAAGUGCACUACGGAACUAGGACUGCCUCUUAUACCUUCACCAACAGAAAACGGGAAAACUAUAAACGCGUACAGUGAAAGAAGCCUUCGGAGCAAUAAGUACCAUUUGCGUAUGUCCGUCUUUGUUGUUUGAUAAACAUUAAAUUUGGUCUGGGGUGAAUUUUCACGUGUGUUUAUUGAACACAGUAUAUUACGAGUUUCAUGUUAAUUUGCGCAAGCCGAGUCGUAAUAGUAGUAAUUGGCAAGAAAAAAAUUUAUAAAAUAAAAAAAGAGGACCGUAUAAAAUUCUUGUCUAUGCCACCAUUGUACAUAUAUUGAUGCCACUGACGUUCCCAAAUCUUACCAGUACUUUUGACGUCUCCUGUUGAUAACAAUACAACAAGUUGGUGAUUUGGUAUUGGUAUCAAUGAUAGAUUUAAAAAUCACUAAAUUGUUCUGUGUUUGUUUUGUUUUAGUAAAUUUUGUGCCGAUCCGAAGUAAUUUGGACUGUAGAUCGUGUGAAUUUCUGUGUACUUUGCGGUAAUUACUUUAAAGAUAUUAAAAUAAAGUGAUUUUCGGUAUCUGUUGCAAAAAAGAGAACUGCUAACGCUCCAACAUGUACGGCUAAAGGUAUAACCUUAAAAUGUCUAAGCAAGCGAAACGCAAAAUAACUGUAAAUAUAAAUCCCAAAAUUAAAACGUUGCCUAAAACUCGGCCAAGUGUAUUCGAAAGAUUGGGUACGAAAGCAGGUUCCGCCCAUAAAGAAUUUUGUCAUCACUGGGCCCAACAUGGAACAUGUCCUUACGGAAAAGGUUGUAAAUACUCUUCGACACACACACUGAUAAGUCCUUCGAAACAAAGGUUAGCUAAAAAAGAAAAUGAGACUAAGAAAAGGCAUUCUAAGGAAGGGGUACAUAAACGACAUUCUGCUGGAAAAUCUACACAAAGUCCAGAAGAACACUGGAAUCAGUGGGAUCCAACAGAAUUGGAAGAUGCGGAUGCUGCUGAUUUAGAGAAAAGAAGAGAAGAAUUGCAACGUGAGCUUGAGUUACAAAUGAAAAUGGAGAAUAAAGCUCGCAAAAAGGAGAAAAAGCUGAAACUGGAAAGUAGCCCAUCUACGGAGAGUUCGAGUAGUUCCAGUGACUCUAGUUCAAGUAGUGAGGAAUCGAGCUCUUCUAGUUCUUCGUCUGUUGAAACAACACGGCGGAAGAAAAAGAAGGCAAAGGGCAAACAAAGGGACAGCUCAUCCUCUUCCGACAGAGAGGAUGUACGUAAACGAAAAUCCAAAACAAAACAGCACAGUUUGAAAUCAUCUCGCUUGGAAAAAACUAAAAAAGCAGCUGCUAAAGUUGCCGUUAAGGUAGUUGCACCUUCACCUUCACCCGAACGUGCGGUGAAAAAAUCACAGACUCCUCCGCCGAAAAUUAAAACGUUUGUACCAGUAACGAAAGAGUCAUCGACAUCUAAAUCUCCACGACCUUCUAGCAGAACAAGUGAUAAUAAGGAGAAACAUCGCACGCCGUCACCCAAAGUGGUUAAAGAAAAGGAGAAGGAAAAAGAGAAAGACAAGGUCACAAAGGAUCGGGAGAGAGAAAAGGAGAAGGAGCGUGAGAAGGAAAAGGAGAAAGAGCGUGAAAAGGAAAAGGAGCGUGAACGUGAGAAGGAGAGGGAACGUGAAAGGGAAAAGGAACGAGAAAAAGUUAAGGAACGUGAGAGAGAGAAGGAUCGCCCCAAGGAGGUCAGGAAGCGUGAUGUUAAAUCGCCGCGGCGAGACGCCAAGGUGUCCAAAGAUACCAAACGGAGGGAGUCUCCUGAUUCCAGCCAUUCUCGAGAUAGAAAAUUAUCACCCAGUAGGUCACGAGGUAGUGGGAGUGCAGGUAGCCGGCGAGAUAAUAGUAGAAAGAGUUCUCCCACAGCACCAAAAGAUGAUCGUCGUUCUGAUAAAAGAGACGAUCGUGAUAGGUCUAGAGAGCGAGAUAGAGCGAGCGAUAAACAUAGAAAAGAUAAACGCGAAUCACGCGACGCUGCCGAGCGUGAUAGGGAGCGAGAGAGAAGAAUUGCUAGAGAAGAACGAGAAGCUGCAAGAGAAAAAGACAGAGAGGAGGCGCUAGCGCGCUGCCAAGAGAGGCAAAGGGAACGGGAGCGCUUAAAAGAAUUGGCGAAGAAGGAAGAGGAUCGUAGGGGCCGUGGUCAUCGCGACGACCGUGGUUUGGACAAGCCGAGCGGUGAUAGGGUUGAACGUUUAUUACCGCUACCAGCGGAUAGACUGCCCCCUAACCGGCGGGGACGUUCGCCCGAUAAUAAGAGGUUAAAUAGUCGGGAUAGGUCGAGAGAUAUAAGAAGGGAUAGAACUCCGGACCGCAGUAGAAGUGGUGUUCGAAAAUCUGUUGACAGGCACGAUCAUUUGGAGAGGGAUGGUGGGAGACUAGACCGGAGCUAUGAUCAUAACUAUGAUCGUGGGGAUAGGAAUUACGAUAGAGAUAGGAAUGAUGAUCGUGAUCGAGAUCGUGAAUAUGGAGCAAUUCCACCACGAUUACGUGAAGACAGAAGACACGACGACAAAAAUUAUGAUGGUUCAUAUGACAGAAGGCUUGAGGAUCGACGUUAUUUGGAAAUGGAAGAUCGUUUUAACGAAAGCGCGCGUGAUGACCGCAUGCCGUUAGAUACUAGAGAUUAUCCGGAUGACAGAAGAGUGCAUCGUGAAAUGUGGGAUGCUCGUGAUGAAAGAGAAAUGGAGCGCGUGCGCGAGCUUGAUCAAACAUACGGGCGCGAGGAUUCCAGACCUCGCUCUCUUAAGGGAAGGGAGUGGGACGCAAUGGAUUAUCCAGAUCAUGAGUGGGAUCGGGGGCGCAGACCUGUGGAAUGGGAUGGUCGGGGCGGAUGGGAUAGUCGAGAUCACGAUCAGUCGCAGUUGGAAGAAGAAUGGCGCCAUUAUAAUCGUUCCAUGGACAGUUGGACAGCUGAUGAUAGACGAAGAUGGUCUGAAUGGAGAGAUCGAUCAAGGCCGCAAAGCACAACGUCUCAUCAAGAAGGUGUUGUAGAAGAUGCAGCAAGUGAGGCUCAUAAGCGAGAAUUACCAAAAUCCGAAUCGACAGAAUUUUCACAACCAGAACCUGAGACUAAAAGUGAUACGAUUUUGGGUAAAAGACCGCCGGAACAGAGCGUUGACAGUCCUAGCGAACCAAAGAAAGUAUGUCUCUCCGAAACUCCUCUCGAAGACAAUCUUAGUGAAAUUAGUGAUGAUGCUGAUGAAAUUUUGAAUAGAGAAGAGGAUCAACCUGAACCACAAGUUGAGGAAACUCUCUCCACCGAUAGCGCUCCAAAACCAAGCGAGAAAGAGGCACAGGAGGUAGUUGAGCCAUCCGUGACCAGUGCACCACAGAAAUCACCCUCACCAAGUAAAAGUCCGGCAAGAGUACCAAAGGAAGAGUCUAUUGAGGAUGAAAAUAUGGAUUUGGACUUCGAGGAAAUAUCAGAAGAUGAGCUGGAAGAAGAAAAUAGAGUUAAAGGAUUGGGAGAUGCCCUGGGUGUCGAUUGGGCAAGUUUAGUGGCCGAAUCUAGGCCACGCCCCAAACCCGUUAGUUCUGCAAAACGCCGUUGGGAAAGUCACAAUAUAUUAGUUAACAUCGGCAUAUCAGUGGAAAUGGCAGGAGAAGCGCUGGUAAAGGAGAUUUUUAAAAAACACGCAGAAGAAAAGUUAAAGGAAGAAAUUGAGGAAAAGGGUAUGAAAGAAGAAGACAAGGCAGAUGAUGCACGCGAGGUGUGUGAAACACAAAGCCCAGAACCACUGGUACCGCAUCCUGUUGCUGCCAUUCAAGUAGCUAUUAGGGAAAAGAAAGCAAUGCGCAAAAGUUUGUUUGCUAGUGCUGGUCCGUUUAGGCGUGCCCUAUCGGCUAGACGAGAUCUGGCUAUUCGCAGACAUUUGUGCGAUUUACCUAUCAACGAUACAUUCGUGGAGGCACCAAGAAGGCAUGAUCCAGAAUUGUACAAACAAGCAUUGGAAUUGUUCGAACGAAAUUUAUAGCACUAAGUUUUAGAAAUUGUGUAUUUUUUAAGACGCUCAAGUGAAACCAUGCUGUAAUGUAAGUACAGUUGCAGUUUGAUUUCAACUGUUUAUAUUUAAGCAGAAAGUUCAAUUAUGUCUUCAGUGUAUAGUGUUUGAUCUAGUUACUUGUCUUUGAAAGAUAUGAGUUAUAAAACCUGAUAAUUACAAUUAUAAAAUAAAUACUC